UGGUUGAUCGUUAUGUAACCUGCACUACGGCGGUAUGUACGAGUAAACCCAAUAUUUCCACUAUAGAUGCAGGUAUUAUGCCAAUUAUCCAGGCAAUACAGGCAAUCGUUAUCCCGACCGACUGGAAUUAGACUGCAUUGUUAGUUUUCUGUAUCUCUCUUAUCUUUUUAAGAUUUUAACAAACAUUAUUUCGAUUUUUACCUCCUCGUCGCAAAGAAUUCGUUAAACUUCUUUUCUCUCUCGUACAUACAUUUUUAUUUUUACCGUAUUACCGUGUUGUAACAUCGAAUAUAUCGAGUAUCGAUCCAUUACGCAAUAUCCUGGCACGGUACCUAUACUGGCCCCCUCUUAUACCCUUUUGCCGCUCCCGCGCGUUUUCAGUUUAUCAAUUUAUGACAGCGAUUCGCUUCGCCCGCAUCAGGUCGCUAAUCACCUGCCAAUUCUCGUGAUAAUCCUUCUAUACAUCAUUUACAUCCGCGGACCCCCGAAGUCGAUACACACGCCGAUACCUAAUCGCAUUCAAUACCUAUUCUUAAUUGUGUCGUCCUUGACUCAAUAGAUUCCCCUCCCGCCUUUUGUCGAAUUUCGAAAUCGAUUUCCCCGACUCGAGUAGUUCCUAUUAGAUGUCGCAAUAGAACUCAAGAUACUUCCCGAUUUGCUACCAUGAAUGAAGGGACAUAUAAUAAUGUUGUUCGGAGCAAUAGCCCGUUCUCUCCAAUGACACCUUCUACCCCGGGCACCUACAAGGCGAACGUAAACCGAACCAAGACAAGAAAAUGGGUUGAGGCUAAGGUCCAAAAUUACGAUGGCGAUGAUUGGGGAAAUGAGUAUGAGGACGAGUACGACUACGAAGAGCCCGAGCCCGAGCCCGAACCGCAACCGUCGAGAGUUGCUGCGUUACGACAACAGGCGAUUCCCUCUCAACAGUCAAGAGCUUUCUCUCAGCCUUCAACCAUUCCUGAGUCCAAUCAGGCCGGUCCGUCCGGAAUGAGAAGUCCCAGCGGCCCACCAUCGUUGCAUAUACAAACUGGAGGGGACUCAAAAUCUCGUUUACCUAGUGCUACAUCGUCCAUGCCGAGCCAAUCUCGCUUUCCUCCCCGUGAGAGCAGCGCAACCCGCCAGGGCACUUUUGGACCUAGUGAUACUGGCGCGCCUGGUUCGAAUCCGCGGUUAGGAUCCGGUCCAAGCUCUCAGACGUGGCCGGCACAAAGAGCGGCUUCCCCUACUAAGCCGGCGGGUUUCGUUAGGCCGGCGGAUAUCUACAGUCGAAUAGGAGAGGAAAGAGAAAAAGAUCGAAGAUCGACAGAGCUGGGUAGACCUAGUGUGGAAGGCGGUGCUCCGGUCGAACAACGAAAAAACGAACAAUCAAGCACCCAGAAUGCGGCUCUUGGUGGAACUGAGUUAGGUCAAGGACGUGCGAACCAGUCUCGCCUAUCAACUAGUCCGAAAUUGCCCGAUCUAGCACGUAUGUCUGGAUUUGGUGAUGAUUUCUUUUCUCCACCGGGAGGGAAUGGCCCCCCCGCGCGAUCUGGCCUAUCUUCGGUUUUGGAUAGCCAACGGGCUGGUGACGCGGGCGCGAGACCUGGUUCGUUAGCUGGGUCGGGCGGUGGCCCGCGUGGCUCUAUAGGGUUUUCUGGGGGGAAACAACCUUCUAGCACGUUGGAAGGACCAAAACUCGAACCUAACCCUAGAAUUAUUAUGCCACCGGUGGGUGAUGAUCUAGAUCCGAAGAAAGAAGAUGCUGCAGGUACAUCUCAGCAACCCACACAAACCAGGCCCCAACUUCCUGGGACUUGGGUAUCAGAAACUGUUAAUGCCGAUUCCGAAGGUCCAACGGCUGCAGGAAAGGUCGAGGGGCCCGAAUCGGCCUCUUUGGGCAGCACUGGAAACACUGAUGUGUCUCCAAUAAACAAGAGACACGCGGAGCCCGCUGAUCUUGAGCCAACCACUACCGUUAAACAACUGCCGUCGAUUCACGGCAACUCAGAAGCGGCGGCGAAGGAAGACGCGCGUAAAUCGGACGAAAAUGGGUUCAACAGCCCUACUGGGAAGCAUGACGACACAGUAGCUUCGAAAGUGAUUGCUGCCGGACCUGGCUAUCACCCGACGCGACAAUCUCUUCCGCCUCUGAAGACCGACAAUCCUCUUGCUGCUUCGAAUGCCGCGCAAAAACACGAACAACCACCUGACGGAACCGAUAUGGCACCACCGUCCUCGAACUUCAAAGAUUCCCCAUCCCAAUUAUCAUUUACUCAACAGAGCGCGGUAACUACGGGGUCGGGCUUCACCCCUACGGCACCCUUAAAUCCACGUCGAUCCAUCGCCGCUCCCGCAGAUCUCACAACACCGGUGGUACAAGAACGGAAGUCUACGAUGAGCACAGUGGAUACGGCAUCGCCAGAAAAGGAGAGCGACAAGUUGAGAGAGGAGAUAAUCAAGUCUUUAAGUGCAAGCCCAUCCACAACGCCCGACGCGAGUGUCAUCCUGGGUACAUCCAACGCUAGCAGUGAUCCAACACCAGGCGCGUUAACUAGAGAAAGCACAUACUUAUCAGGUGUUUACGACGAUUACUUGACACCUAUAGAGGAAAAGUCUCUUCAAGAAACAGGCCAAAUCCUCAAGAAAGGACCUACAGUGCCUGUUUACGGGACUGGCGAAGCUGAGACUUCAUCUGGUCCUAUCGCCGAAGAAAACUCUUUCCCUGACAUCGCUCCGUUGAGCCCACACAGAAGUCCAAAGCAGGAGAGUGCGCACCUGCCGAAGCGAUUUUCGUGGGAGGCCGGUCCCGAGAAAGGUAAACAAGGUGCUACCCAAAUUAAACAAAAUCCAUCAACGCCACCUCACGACACUACGAACGCGCCCGCUGCGGCAACUAUUCCUAGCGGUUUACAGCCCCAGCCCGAGAGUAACCAAGUUCCUGGAGCCCAGCCGUUGACCAUGCCUGAUCCUAUAUCUCCCGCUUCGUUAAUCUCAGAUAGAAGCCCCAGGUCUCCGACGGCGACUCGCGAGGUGUCACGUUUGUCCUUUGCAGACGAGAAGGAAAAAGUACUCAUUCAGUCAUCACCUGAUACAACAACUGAGCAUCCUGCUUUGGCCAACCCCAUAGAAAUGCUGCCUGCUCCAUCGCCUACUACACAACCUAUUCCAACAGGCCGACCAGGAUCACAGGCAAAAGUCAUGGCCUUCAGAGAUAUACUCAACAUCGUAUCGAUUGAACAGAGAAUCCAGAAGUUCGAUGAAACACGAACCCAAUUCUACUCGAUGGAAUCGGGCCUAUCGAAUUGGAUUGCAUACAUGAAGAACCAACCCGAGCAUGGGGGUGCGGCUAUACCUAUAGACGGACAGCCUGUGCUGGCUCAGGGGCAAGCAUCUCAACCUGGUGUUCAAUCAUCAACUCAACAACCAUACUACCAGCAAUACCUCAAUGCUAGCAGUCCUGCCGUGCAACCAGCGCAACCUGGAAGGUCAUCUACUGGCAACUUGCAGCACAUGUUUACAGGACAACCUACGAGUAGUUUCGGUUCAAGUAACCAAGUUGGAGCCAAGAGUAAAGAAUUCCUUCAAGCUGCUGGAGCGUUUGGCAACAAGGGUAUGAAAUCCGGUAUGAAGCUAUUCAAUAAGGGAAAGAAUAAGCUUCGUGGUGAUAAAGCCUUUUUCUAAUACUUCACUUCUAUUCUGUUCCAUGUUUUUUUCUACGUAUUGGCUGGGGAAGGUGGCAUAAGAUGGCGACAAUGCAUUUGCUCUAGGAUGA